AUGUCUCCAAACCCACCCCAGCGCAAACUCAAGAUCCUCAUGAUCCACGGGUACACCCAAAAUGGACCCCUCUUCCACGCAAAAACCCGCGCCCUGGANAAAAACCUGGAGAAAGCAUUCCCCGCCGCCCCGAAGCCGGGUUUCUUGCCUUCGUUCCCCGGCGGCGUGGAAUUGGUAUAUCCAACUGCGCCUCUAAAGCUGUCGGUAAACGAUAUACCCGGCUACGAUGUAGACGGCGCAGCAAGCGACUCCGACCCAGAAGCCUAUGCAUGGUGGAGAAGAAAAGGCGAUGGCGAGCCUUUCCGCUAUGAAGGCAUGGAACAAGGCUUCUCCACCAUCGCAGCAGUGAUAAAAGAGCAAGGACCUUUUGACGGCUGUAUAGGGUUCUCCCAAGGCGGUGCGUGCGCAGGCAUGCUCGCUUCCCUGCUAGAAGCAAACCGCAGAGAAGCGUUUGAGAAACAACAGUUGAAGGGUGGUAUGCGCUACCCAGAGAGCUUUGAGAACGAUACUGGAUUCAUGACGGAUGUCAUUCAAGAGCCGCUCAAAUUUGCGGUGAGCUAUAGUGGGUUUGGGGCUGCACCGAAUGAGCUGUAUACUGCGUUUUAUGAGCCAAAGAUCAUGACGCCCAUGUUGCACUUUAUCGGUAGUGUGGAUACGGUGGUGGAAGAGUCGAGGAGUCUGCGUCUUGUAGAUGCCUGCGUGACUGGCAGGGGUGUUGAGGGUGGUGUUGCUAGACUUGUCUACCACCCUGGCGGUCACUUCUUGCCCAGUAGUCAGAAGCAAUAUGUCGCGGCCUUGGUGGCUUUCAUCAGAGAAGUCGUUGGCGGACCACCAGAGGACUCGCUAGAAAACAAAAAGGAAGACAAGGCCGAAGACAUGGACAUGCCAUUCUAA